GUCAUCAAUAGAGAAGAAAAACAGUUGUGGAAAAAAAACCCCUUAGCACACAAAAGGUAAAGAAAAAUUCCUUUGUCUGUCCUUCUUCAACUCGUCCUUUCCACUGAUUUUCCAUCUUCCCUAAGUUCAUGUUUUGAUUCACCAUCUCUUCCCUUUGAAAUUCUUCCACUGAAUCUAUAUUCUGAUUCUAAAAGGGCUAUUAAGGGAGAAAAAUGGAAGGUGGUGAGCUUAAUGGCAUUGAAUUUAAAAUUGAAAUCCAACUCUAAUCAUCAAUUAUUAAGGCUGGAGUUCUUUGUUUGGAUUGAUAUUAUAGAAAAUUGGGCUCUAGUUAUAGGAGGGGAAUGUGUUUGCCUCUAAAGAUUCUACUUUGGGAAUCCUUCUGAUUGAUCAGUAUGUUUGAUAGGAUGGAUAGAGCUGUAGCAUGUAAGGCUGAUUUGUAGAAGGCUAUUUAGGGUGAUAAACUUGUUGACUAAACUAGGAAAUGAAUCUCAUGGAACUGAUAGAAUUGUUGCUAAUAAUUGAAGAAAUUGGUAUUUAAGUUUUGUUUCCUUGUUCUUGAUGAUGUAUUUAAGCAUCAGUUCAUAUUCAGGGAAUAUCACCACAAGAGGAUGGGUUUCUGUUCCUCAUACACCUCUCCAUGGAUUUUCCACCUCCAAAGUGAAGUGAUGCUUAAUUGACUGAAUACCACCCUCACAGUGGAGUUUUGAAACUCUUUUUUGUCAACCUCAACAAUUUAUUGGGUUGUCCGAUGGAUGAUGGUGGGCAUCGUGAAAAUGGAAGACUCAAAACAGAUCAGUAUAGAACAGCUCAGGGUCAGUGGCUGAUGCAUCAGCCAUCAAUGAAGCAGAUAAUGGCCAUUAUGGCCGAGAGAGAUGCAGCUAUUCAUGAAAGGAAUUUAGCACUUUCUGAGAAGAAGGCAGCUAUUGCCGAGAGAGAUAUGGCAUUCUUGCAGCGAGAUGCAGCAAUUGCUGAGCGAAAUAAUGCUAUUGCAGAACGUGAUAAUGCCAUAGCAAAUCUUCAGUAUCGAGAGAACUCCUUGGCAUCUGGUAAUAUGUCCUCUUGUCCACCUGGGUGCCAAAUCUCACGUGGGGUGAAGCACAUGCAACAUCCACAGCAAAAUGUUCACCAUCUGCACCACAUCAGCGAAGUUCCUUACAACUCAAGGGAAAUGCAUUCGAGUGACGCCCUACCAGUUACACCAGGUACCUCUGAAGCAGUAAAGUCAAGACAGGGUAAACGAGCAAAAGAAGCCAAGGUAAUUGCACCUAACAAGAAGGCUUCAAAGCCUCCAAAAAAGGUGAAACAAGAGAAUGAGGACUUGAAUAAGAUUAUGUUCGGCAAGUCACAUGAGUGGAAGGGUGGACAAGAUGUGGGUGCGGGGGGUGAUGAUCUCAACAAACAGCUAGCGACAACAAAGUCCGAUUGGAAAGGUCAAGAUCUGGGGUUGAAUCAAGUUGUAUUUGAUGACUCAACCAUGCCGCCACCUGUUUGUUCCUGCACUGGAGUCCCAAGGCAGUGCUACAAAUGGGGGAACGGGGGAUGGCAAUCUUCAUGUUGCACAACCACCUUGUCAGUGUAUCCUUUGCCAGCAGUUCCCAACAAAAGACAUGCCCGAAUUGGUGGCAGAAAGAUGAGUGGAAGUGCUUUCAACAAGCUGCUUAGUCGGCUUGCAGCUGAAGGUCACGAUUUGUCCAAUCCUGUUGAUCUUAAGGACCAUUGGGCCAAGCAUGGGACAAACCGCUACAUUACGAUCAAGUAGGUUGUUCAAGAUACAAAGUGCAAAUGGGAUGUAACGGAGAACUAGAGAUGAGUCAUUUGACGCCCAUGUUUGCGACCCUAGUGUAGGAAAAUAAAAUGAUCUGGAAAUAACCAUAGGGAGGAUUACUAAGUGGGUGAUACCAACUCGAUCCUCCAUUGAUGUCUGCAUUUAGUACGAGCAAUGAGUGACAGGUAGACUCGUAGAUGAAGAGAGGAUGAAGGGUACUUCUCAUCCAUUUUCUUUGCCACAUCCAAUCUUGGCAAAUGAUGGGGUUGUCAACUUGCCACUAUGUUACCUGUAACUCUACUUUAUUGUACUAGUAUUGUACCUCAAACAUCUUGUUGUAGUUUAAUGAAAUUUCAAUUUAUUAGCUUACUCCACCAAUUUCCUUCUCUAAUAAACGAUAUGACGAGUUGACAAUUUUGCUUGGAUUCUUGAAAUCACAAAAACAAGUUAAUAAAC